AUGACCACGCACGCUCUGGCGACCUUGAAGCCUCCAAAACAAUUGAAGCGUGUUUUAGCAGCACACAGGGUCCGGGUCUGCCUAGGCAUAGUGACCAUUCGGCAAGCCCUGCUUUCUGUGGGGGCCGUGGACGCCAUUUCGCCAAUUGUUGCUGCUCUUUCGGAAUCAGGCUAUGACGUGGAUGCCGAGGUCGGCGGCGCUUUCCGCCAGCUGGACGCGGAACAAGUAGCAGGCCUCACUGUUGAUCAGCAGCUGGCGUUAAAGGCCGCGAUCCGAGUCUUGGUGUUGUACGUAGCUUGUGAUAGCGUAACAGAAAGCGCGGUGGCGGCAGCUGCACCAGCUGCGGCGGCGGCAAGCAUGGCAUCCGCUGGGGAGGACAUGUCAGAGGCAUAUUGCGAACAGCUGCUACUACCAGUUUUGGACGUGGCCCCUCGCCUGGAAGCACUCUAUGAAUUUUUCUGCACACCGCCAGUGGCUAAAAUCCCAGUGUUAGGUGAAGCGCUGUCCGUCCUGCGUGGCUCCAGCAUUGCACAGCACUUCGUCUUGGCUAGGGGCAAGCUUGCGUUAGCAGUCAGUGAUAGCAUUUGCCACAACUUGGAAUUCGGUGCAUCUAAAGUGUGGACAGUGAUUGCGGAGCAAAUUGUGGUAGUCAGUUUACUCCAGAUGCUUGAUAAAUGUAUGCCUGUAAUGGCGCGUCUUGGGCUCGUCGUACAGCGUGAUGAAGGUGACCCCACAUCCUUGAUGACAGUCAAGUCGAAAGAUGGGCGCACUUUGAGGCCGGAUGGUGUUCUGCGGGACAUAACUGGACGCGUGAUGCUAGCAAAAUGGGAGGACAAUGCAGGACAGCUGCUGGUUGCCAUCAACGACCUCCACAUGAAGAAUGCGGCGUGGACCCCCUUGUACUACGGUGAUAUCGCAUACCUGCCCUGCUUCGCGGCUGCUGGGAUGUACCUUCAAUUUUUUGCCAUUCCUCGUGGAGGCGUGCUGACACAACAACCACACGCCAUUAGCCCUGUGCUGGACCUGUCUUGUGCUGAGGAACGUGCACAUGCAGUAGUCAUGACCAUCAAGUUUUACCAGCUGCUGCAGGCGCAGCGUAAGCUGUACCCAGCAUACGUUCUCCGGGCUGGUACAGAUCUGAUCGCGAGGCAUCCCCGUGGAUUAUUCGAGCGAGCACUGUGA